AUGUACCUUCGGGAUUCUACGGAAUUUCCAAUGAAGAGCCAGCUACGGGAGCUGAGCGAGCUAUUGUUCAUGGACCGCUUGCAGGACCCUAUCUCAGACUCUAGGGCUUCCAGACGCAGCGUUGGCGAGUCUGAUGUUAUUGAGCAACCUUCCCAUGCUACUGAUCAAGCAAUGAUUGGCAGCCUCCAAAGCACGCCGGGAAAGCGUUCGUUGUCCCAGGCCUUCAAUCUUUCUCCAAGCUUCAAAAGACACAAAACCGUGUUUGGCGAGCUAGAUAUCGAGAUUCAUGAAGAACAGGAUUCAAAUCCAGUUAUGGUUUCCGUUGCGAGUAAUUCUGACCAAUUCCAGAAUGGCUUACAAGAUACCCCAGAUUCUGAGCCCAGAACCUUCACACCAGUCGAUGGUGCGAACGAUGCAGCAGAAGAGCUCCCAAUUAUCAGCCAGUCCUUUGAGGAUUUUUCAUUUGGUAAUGAAGAGCGUGCUGAUCACGUAGUACUUGAGAGCCAUACAUCAAACCGACGUCGGAGCGAUUCAGCCAAUUUAGUAACUGAAGGACUCUCACUCAAUUCAAAGGAUAUUACAAAGGUUAUAAAGUUGUGUCUUCUUCCCAAGACCUUCACAAACACCCACGAAGCGAUCAAUAAAAUAUCAGCAUUCUUGUCGCAACAUACAAGCGCUUUAGUACACCAAGUAGUACUAGAAAAAAAUGUAAAGUUAGGUAGCAGUACCCUGUUAUCCAUUCUUCGAGGUCAUUACCUAAUAUCAGAAAACAGUAAUGAUAUGGAACUUUAUGAAUUUUGCCGUGAGCACUUAUGUAUAGAAGACCUUAUUGCUGUUGAGAUGAUCCUUUUCGAUUGA